GGUUGAAAAUAAACGUGCAUCUUUUCAGCACCGACACCCGUGGAUAGCAGGGGGUUUGUUCGCCAACGGAAAAUCAGAUCAGACAAGCGUAGGGAGGUGAAAUUGCUGCUUUCAUUUCGGUCCUCAUAACCUCCAUUUUAAAGUCUUUUUUCAGCCGGAGUGGCUGCGGUGUUUACAGGAGGAUAGUGCUGCGUUCAGUGUGGGGAGGAUUUAAAGCGAAUUGUACGAGCUUUGUUCGCCCUGUAAGAGGGCUGCACAUUAUACGCUCCUGCUGAUAGCUAUUGACAGCUAGCUGGCUAGCUAGCUAACUACGAAACGGUGGCUGUUGUAUCGGACAGAUCACACGGGUCGACCAGAAAAUAGGAAACUAGUUGGCUAGCUAGCUACUCUUACGGCUGGCUUUAGAUUGACGGGUUUCAUUUUACUUCAGCGGGAUCCUGGAUCGGAUGGACGGGGAAUAACGGGCCGUAAUUAAAAUAGCUACUAGAGUCGACUGUUUUCUCGGUGAACAAUCGAUUUCCUUAUUAUAAUACGUGGCAAGCUUUCAAACGGGUCGCUCUCAAACCAGCUUGCUUGCUAUUUAAUUUGAGCUCCAUUGUUGUUCGUGUCCCGGUGUUAUUCCCGUCGUUCCCGACCCGGAUCCCGCGCUCUCGCACGCUCACCGCUUUCCAUUUGAGCCACGUCUCUCGGUCUCAGCUGUCUUUUCAAUCAUAUUUUUCCUGUCGGUACAAUUCAAUUUGAUAUAACCAUGUGCUCCCGGAUGUGGUUUGUAACGGAUCGGCGGAUCAGCCAGGAGUACCCGCAGGUUCAGAUUCUCCGGGCACUGAAGCAGCGCUGCGCCGAGGAGGAUGUUGAAUUCCGCUCCCUGCUUAUGGAUCAGAUCGUGCUCACCAUCAGUGAUGGACAAUUGGGGCUGCGUGUGGAGCAGGAGGUGGUGACGUCCUACCCCCAGGUGGCGGUGGUGCGGGUCCCCACGCCCUGGGUGCAGUCGGACAGCGACAUCACGGUGCUGCGUCACCUGGAGAAGCUGGGCUGCCGGCUGGUGAACCGGCCCCAAGCCAUCCUCAACUGCGUCAACAAGUUCUGGACCUUUCAGGAGCUGGCCGGGCACGGGGUGCCCCUCCCAGACACCUUCUCCUAUGGAGGACACGAGAACUUCCGCAAGAUGAUUGACGAGGCGGAGCCCCUGGGGUAUCCCGUGGUGGUGAAGAACGCUCGCGGUCACAGAGGGAAGGCCGUGUUCCUGGCCCGGGAUAAGCACCACCUCUCGGACCUCAGUCACCUGAUCCGGCACGACGCUCCCUACCUCUUCCAGGAGUACGUGAAGGAGUCGCACGGCCGGGACGUGCGGGUGGUUCUGGUGGGCGGCCGUGUCAUCGGCUCCAUGCUGCGCUGCUCCACCGACGGCCGGAUGCAGAGCAACUGCUCCCUGGGCGGCGUGGGGAUGAUGUGCCCUCUGAGCGAGCAGGGCAAACAGCUGGCGGUGCAGGUGUCCAACAUCCUGGGCAUGGACGUGUGCGGAAUCGACCUGCUGCAGCUCAACAAUGGCUCCUUCGUGGUGUGCGAAGCCAACGCCAACGUGGGCUUCAUCGCCUUUGACCAGGCCUGCGGCAUGGACGUGGCGGGCAUUGUCGCCGACUACGCCCUCUCGCUGCUGCCAAGCCGCCUCACCCGCAAGAUGUCGCUGCUGUCUGUGGUGUCUAGCGCCAGCGAGACCAGCAGCGAGCCCGAGGUGUGCCCGCCACCCAGCGCCCUGCCCGAGGCCGUCUGCACCAUGAGCGUGGGCUCCACCUCCAGUGAAAGCGACCCCGAGCUGGCUGAAUCUCGCGAGGCCCCCGCCCCUGACCCCGCCUACAACAUCAACAGCCUCCUGGCCAAUGAAAUCAAACUAUUGACUGAGUGAGCUGGACACAGCCACACCCACACGCGCGCGCUCACACACAUACACACACACACACACACACACACAAAUACAUACACAGCCCUGGCAAGCUUGAACAUAUUCAUACUCCAAAAGAUGCAUGGGCUGAUGCAUGAACAUGGCUGACAUAACAAACAGACACACACACACACACACACAUACACACGCACACACACACACGCAUACUCACACAUGAAACAUGUUCACACCACCAGACUCAUUGACUGACAUACACACAAAACCUCAAACAAAAAAAAACCUACAAACUACCAGAAGCAGAAGCAUACACACGCAACACACACGUGAAUCCAUGCACGCGCCUUGUCAUACUAACUCACUCAUGAACACUCGGAGGUCUGAGGCUGCUCCCCUGAGCUUUCGGCCUGCUGCCGAGGGGCCUGUGAAAGUAUUGGCAGUGCAGCGUGGGAUAGCAGGGCUUUGGCGUGUAGGCUAGCUCCAUUAACUACCUUUUCCUUCUUAAUAUGCAUGUGAGGAUGACCUUUGAAAAUCUCACAGGAAGAGCUCCGCAGGGAGCCACAACGGUGCAGCACACACACACACACACACACACACACACACACACACACACACGCACACCAGCACAGGGCCUGUCAGGUUUUACACUCAGAAAGCUACUUGAAUUGGGAUGGCAAACUACACAUAUUCAGAUAUAUUCAGUUGUGUGAUGAAAUCCACGAUCCUGUCGUUCUCACUGCGGAACACACUCAAACUGACGUUAACCCCACCCCCACCCUCAGGUGUACUGCAGCAAGGCUUGUUUUAAGUGAAAUGAAGUGUUUUGCAAUUGUUUUGCUACGCGAAGGGAAGAGCGUUACAGAAUUGCACACACCUGAGCUGACUGACCUGCGGCUCUUGCCCAGGUGGGCUGGGGAGCGGGACGGACCUGCCGCCCGAUAUCUGAGCUGGCACAGGGUGCCCCUGUCACCUGGCACAGGGCGCAGGGUAUCUCCCGUCUGUCCAGCGUCUGCCGCUUCUCUGGAGGUUGUGUUGCCGUUGCCAAUGGAGACAGGGGCCAAAAGCAGCAAAGCAC